UGACAUUUAUUGCUGCAACGUCAGCAGGCAGGCCCCGCCCCUGUGCAUGUCAUUAGGGCCCCCCCCUGAGGGUGCCUGUGAGUGAGCUCCUUUCCAUGCCAAUAAUCCUGGAUCCAGACUCCCCUCCUCCUCUUCCUCUCCAGCUGUCAAUCACAGGCGCCUUUGAACUGAAAAGCUUCCCAGUCCGACUUGCUCCGACUCAAUUGGGGCGAGUGCAGCUCAGUACCGGGCUCUCUGUGUGUCUCAGCCCGGCUUGGGGCCCGGAGUAGUUUGGGGGGGCUGCAGUCGGACUGAGCCGCGGAUUUGGGGGCCGCGCAUUUUGCUCUUUUUCUCUCUUUAUUUUUGGCUUCUUGUUGUUGUUGAAUCUGGCGGAGUGCGGAGCCGGGAGGUGGGGGCCCCGCUAACCGGACUGGCACAGCCCCCCCUUUCCCUCCCAGCCCCCCCACCGGCAGCACAAAGCAGGGGAACAGCCCGGGGCCCCCUCUCCCCCCCACAUUGCAGGAGCCGGGAGCGGCCAGGGGAGGAAGGGAAACUUUUUUUGUCGGAGGGGGGAAUCUUGGGGCUGAGUCUGGGAGUUGCAGUGCGACAGAGUAGCAGGGGCAGAGAUGCCGCAGUUGAACGGCGGUGGGGGGGACGAUCUGGGGGCCAACGAUGAAAUGAUCUCCUUUAAGGAUGAGGGGGAACAGGAGGAGAAAAUCUCCGAGAUCAGCUCGGCCGAGCGGGACCUGGCGGAUGUCAAGUCGUCUCUUGUCAAUGAGUCUGAGACCCCCCAGAACAGCUCGUCCGACUCUGAGGCGGAGCGGCGCCCCCCUCCCCGGUCCGAGAGUUUCCGGGACAAGAGCCGGGACAGCCUGGAGGACGCUGCCAAAAGGCCCGACGGAGGGCUGUUUAAGGGCCCGGCAUAUGGAGGUUACCCCUUCAUCAUGAUCCCCGACCUGACCAGCCCCUACUUGCCCAACGGAUCUCUCUCUCCCACUGCCCGAACGUGCGUGAAUGUACCACUAGAUCUGCAUUUAGCCUCUUGUUGCAGCCCUUUCAUGCAGUAUCUGCAGAUGAAAUGGCCCCUCCUGGAUGUCCAGGCUGGAAGUUUACAGAGCAGACAAGGACUCAAGGACACCAGGUCUCCGUCCCCGGCUCACAUUGUUUCUAACAAAGUGCCCGUUGUACAGCACCCUCACCAUGUCCACCCCCUCACGCCGCUCAUUACCUACAGCAACGAGCACUUUACCCCAGGGAACCCCCCACCGCACUUACAGGCAGACGUGGAUCCAAAAACAGGAAUCCCAAGGCCUCCACACCCUCCGGACAUUUCCCCGUAUUACCCUUUAUCCCCGGGCGCCGUCGGACAGAUCCCCCAUCCGCUAGGAUGGUUAGUACCACAGCAAGGUCAGCCCGUUUACCCAAUCACGACAGGGGGCUUCCGGCACCCCUACCCCACCGCCCUUACCGUCAAUGCUUCCAUGUCAAGCUUCCUUUCCUCUAGAUUCCCGCCCCACAUGGUGCCGCCCCAUCACAGUUUGCACACAACUGGAAUCCCUCACCCCGCCAUCGUCACCCCCACCGUCAAACAGGAGUCUUCCCAGAGCGACAUGGGAUCCCUCCAUAGCUCGAAACAUCAGGAUUCCAAAAAAGAAGAAGAAAAGAAAAAGCCGCACAUAAAGAAACCUCUAAACGCGUUCAUGCUGUAUAUGAAGGAGAUGAGGGCAAAAGUCGUGGCCGAGUGCACGUUAAAAGAAAGCGCAGCCAUCAAUCAGAUCCUUGGCCGAAGGUGGCACGCCUUAUCCAGGGAAGAGCAAGCGAAAUACUAUGAGCUGGCGAGGAAGGAGAGGCAACUCCACAUGCAGCUGUACCCCGGAUGGUCGGCUCGGGAUAACUAUGUAGGUGCCUAUGGCAAGAAGAAGAAGAGGAAAAGGGAAAAGCAACAAGGAGAGGCUAAUGAACACAGCGAGUGUUACCUAAAUCCUUGCCUUUCUCUUCCUCCGAUCACAGACCUGAGCGCUCCUAAGAAAUGUCGAGCGCGCUUUGGCCUUGAUCAGCAGAAUAACUGGUGCGGUCCCUGCAGAAGGAAAAAGAAGUGCAUUCGCUACAUACAAGGUGAAGGCAGCUGCGUUAGCCCGCCCUCUUCAGAUGGAAGCUUAUUAGACUCCCCUCCUUCCUCUCCCGCCAUGCCCGACUCCCCCGCAUCGGACUCCAAACCACAAACUGAACAAACGCAACCUCUCUCUUUAUCCUUGAAGCCCGACCCGCUGGCGCGGAUCUGCGUGCCGCAUUCGCCUCUGGCCCAGAGCCCCGCGCGGAAGCCCAGCGCUCUGCCGGUCACCAUUUGCCAGAACGGAGCAGAACACGCUCAUCCGCACAACGUUCUGCAGUCGUCUCUGCCCUACGGCCUGUCGCUCACACAACCGUCCACCUCCUUUCUGCCCUCCCACCGCUCAUUGGCCGGAACGACGCAACUUCAGCCCCUGUCCCUCGUCACCAAACCUUUAGAGUAGAACCACAUUUCCUCCAUCUUCAUCUUAUUUUUUUUUAAAGAUUUCUGGGUCCUUUUUAUUUUUUUUUUUCCAUGAAUUUCACCACGUUCUUCAUUUGUGCCAAACGGCUCCUUUUCAUUGGUUAGUAGGUGUUUUUCACGAAGCUCAUUGGUCAAUAUUUGACCUCUUCCUUCACUUCUCCGAUGUGAGUCGCCGACCUCAACGAAACCUCCGCAAUUCUGCCAAAAUUUCAUCCGCUGUCACGUUCAAAAAAAAAAAAAAAAGUCUUUGUAGCAUCGGGAGAAGGGGGGGAAAUUAUAUAAAUAUAUAUGAAAUUACGAAAAAAAAAAUUAAAAAAAUACCUAACUGUUAUGUAGUUCUGAUAGGAAAACUCGGAAAAACAAAAAGACUGAUUUAAAGAAGAAAAAUUAAGGAAAAAAACAAGCAAUUUUGAAGCAGCCCUCGCAGAAGGAGUUGGUUCUUUAUUAUUUGUAUUAAAUACGAGCUUGUGAACCAAUCAUUUUACAUCCGGUUUUUAACCUCUCCGCGCACAACGAAUGCAGUGCCACUUACUCUCUCGUGAAACGACUUUUAUUGUGAUGUUACUUGUUGUUGAAAUGUACAGAAAAAUCAAAAAAAGGUUAAAAACUGAACAAAAUGUGUGAAUAUGCCUUGUUCCAUAGUGGGGAUCAUUUUCGGGGGUGGGAAGAGGGUUGGUAAUUACAUGGACAAAAUGUGUGGGGGGCGGGGUUGGGGGAGGGGCUGGGGGCGGGGUUGAGGGUUUUGAAUAUAUCAGAGCCAUGGACCUGUAGUAUUUAUUGCUUAGAAAAAGCGCUUGUGUCCUGUUUGUCGUCUCUUUUCAAAGAAAAAUCUGUUUUUUCCCCCCCCCCCAUUUCUUGAAACGUUGUACAAAGUUUUUUUUUUCCUUUCCUAGUGUCAGCAUCUUAUAUAUAUAUAAAUAUAUAUCAUUUGUACAAGGUUUUUAAGUUUAUAUAUAAAUUUAUAUUUUUUUUUUGUUUUUUUUUUGUUUUUGUUGUUGUUUUUUGCCGCCAAAAUGGACAUUUGUAGUUACAUUUCAAAAAGGAUCGAUAUUGUACAAAGAAACACAAUUGCUUUAAAAAAGAAACAAACAAAAAAAAAAGCCAUUACGCAAAGACUUGAAAUUUUAACGAGGGAAAUCGACUUUGUAAAAAAAAAAAAAAAAACGACAAAUCCACGUGCCAAAAUUCCCAGCGACAAAACUCCCCGCCUCUUCUUUUCCUUCCGUUUUGAUGUGAUGUUACAUAGAUAGGUAUGUACGUAGUUUUAUUGUCGGCUAUAACAGGUGUAUUUGGUAGGAGACUGACAGGGAAAUGUCGAGCAAAACGUUAGGUACAAAAAAAAACGAAAAAUGAAAAAAAAAAAAAAACUUUCCCAUUUGGGGCAAAUUCCUGUCGAAUUAUUUAUAAAGGAAACUACUGCCAUUUUUUUCUGUCCAUUUGCUGCGUGUCGGUGGCAAAGCGAAAAAAACAAAACAAAAAAGGCAUGUUGAUGUUGCUCAAAAAAUACGAAAGGACGAAACCGAAAAAAAAACAAAAAACGUUUUUCAUCCAGUGAAAUUGUACUUGACCUGAAGCAAAAUUGUAAAAUCUGUCUCUGACGUUUUCUGAAGAUGCUAAUGACCAUUUUAUUUUGUGAAUACUUUGAAUGUUCCCCAACAGCUGUGAUGUUGCCAUUCGGUUUUAUGCUCUUGUUCCCAUUUUUAUUUGAAAAAAAAACGUUUUUUUCCGACCUGACAAUUUUUUUUUCUUUUUUUUCUUUUUUCUUUUUUUUUGUAAUGAGUCAUGUUCAUCCUGUACAGUAUCUGUAGCAUGCAGUUCUGGAUUAAUAAAAGCAACAAUAGUCUGUG